GCAAUCAUAAUAACAAAGUAGCAAUUUUGCUCUGCUAGUAAACUACAAAAAAAUCGAAAACUCCGUAGUGAGUAGCCAUGGAAGGUCAAGAUGGUUCUCUAAAUGCGCAUCUUAUACUUGCUAACAAGAUUUUCCUUCUCACUCAUUCUGAUGUUCAAGAUAUUGAGAAAGUUCAGCUCAAAGAUGAGGUUUUAUCUUCCGUUAAAUCUGACUCUAUGGCAUGUUUAUAUGAAACCCUUGCAAAUAGAGGAGUUUUGGAUUUAGAUCAGUCGGUUUUGGAUUCAAUGCGGCAAAAUAUCAAAGAGGAGCUUAAAAAGAUCGAUGAAAAGAUAACUGAUGCUGAAGAAAACUUGGGUGAAAGUGAAGUUCGAGAAGCUCAUUUGGCAAAAUCUUUGUUCUUCAUAAGAAUUGGUGAUAAGGAUAAUGCGUUGGAACACCUUAAAGUAACAGAGACCAAAACAGUUGCAGUGGGGCAGAAAAUGGAUCUGGUGUUUUAUACUCUUCAAAUUGGAUUGUUUGAUAUGGACUUUGAUUUAAUUUCCAAAAGCAUAGAUAAAGCCAAAAACUUAUUUGAGGAGGGAGGAGAUUGGGAGAGAAAGAAUCGUUUGAAGGUGUAUGAGGGGUUGUAUUGCAUGGCUACCCGAAAUUUCAAUAAAGCAGCUAGUCUGUUUUUGGACUCCAUCUCAACGUUCACUACCUAUGAGCUGUUUACUUAUGAUACCUUCAUAUUCUACACUGUUCUUACCAGUAUUAUAUCCCUUGAUAGAGUUUCUUUGAAACAAAAGGUAGUGGAUGCUCCUGAGAUAUUGACUGUGAUCGGAAAGAUUCCUUACUUGUCUGAGUUUUUGAAUUCUCUUUAUGAUUGUCAGUACAUGUCAUUUUUCUCAGCAUUUGCUGGCCUGACAGAACAGAUAAAGUUUGACCGUUAUCUACAUCGACACUUCCGUUACUACAUGAGGGAGGUCAGGACUGUUGUUUACUCGCAGUUUCUGGAAUCUUACAAGAGUGUUACUAUUGAGGCAAUGGCAAAGGCUUUUGGUGUUACAGUCGAGUUCAUUGACCUGGAACUGUCUCGUUUUAUUGCUGCGGGAAAGCUGCAUUGUAAAAUUGACAAGGUAGCAGGAGUCCUGGAGACAAAUCGUCCAGACGCCAAAAACGCGCUCUAUCAAGCGACUAUAAAACAAGGGGACUUUCUGUUGAAUAGAAUCCAGAAAUUGUCCCGGGUUAUUGAUCUGUAAAACGUUUAAAUCUAACGAUUUGAUAUUUUGACAAUCAGGAAUUCUUCUUAGCUUUCCUUAUGUCACUACUCACUUGUAGGUAGCGUCUCAUUAUGUUCAUUUAUUGUGACUUGUGAGGGAAAGUGACGAUAGUCGAUAGCAAUUUGUUUGAACUUGAAACUAGGGUAAUUUAUCGAGUUUGUUUUAAGACAUUUCGGAUGUCUAGCACUAUCCAACUAGAAAGGGGUUGGAUGGGAAACGAUAUAUUUUUUUUGUUUGGAUAUUAAUUUUAAAUGGAAGGGGAUUUCAAAAA